ACCUUCUUAUGUUGCGACGUUGUUUUAUUUUUUUUUUUGUUAAAUACCAAGUGCUGUGUUUGUGUUGGAUGAUGAGAAUGAAAGAAAAAAAAUGAAGGAUAAUAAUUGUGAAAGUCAGAUGAUUGAUUUUUAACUUUCUUCACAAUUUUACGUGAAAACGAAAAAAAAUUGGGUUGCAAUGGAUUUGCAGGAUUGAGCCAUCGCUUUGUCCUUGCGUCACCCAAAUGUCAGCGUCGCAGCAACAAAUACAUCUCGGAGGAAGCCAGCAGUUCUAUGGGGGAGGAGAUGGUCUCCUCUAUCAGCCAGGAGAGUGUUGUCCUUUCGGACACUCGCACUCAACAGGCGCGUUCAACGGGCCAAGCUUAUGCCAUCCCAGCCCAUUAUAGCAAUACGUAUUCGAUGUCUAAGUCCUGCAGCACCGCCACAGAUGACACUGAUAAUGUUAUAUACACAGAUAUUAAUGAUCUCUAUGGGAACGUUAGAAAAUACGGGGUAAAGUCACCCGUAGCGGGUAAUUCAGUAAGUCAAUUUAAGGGGGGUGCCACAGUGUCGACGACAUCGGUCAAUCGUGCUGAUGAUCUCUAUGCCACAGUCAAUCGAAAGACGAAGACAAUUAAUAGAAUUAAUGCGGCUGCUGUUGCGGCUGCCGAAGCUGCAGCAGCAGCGGAGAAGAAGAGAAAAUCCGAUGAAUUUCUCGGUGAUACUUCUCGUGGGUAUGCCAAUGUUAGUCACCUGACUAAUGGUCAGGUUGAUUUGUAUGCAAAACGAUACGAAGAUUCGGGCUACACUGAUCAGCAGGGUAGUGGUGGUGGGUAUGCUACGAAGAAGGAGCAAGCUUACGUAGAGGGUCAGUCGCAAACUUUACCACGCAAUGGGGAGAAAAUUGAAACAGUUCAAACCUACGACUACAGUGCUCGACAUUCUCUUGGAAAUAUUCGUCCCAACUACGAAUUAUAUUUAGCCACAAAGACAAUUGAUUCCGACGUUGAGGGUUCAGUUUUGGGUAAGAAGAAUUCAUCUGAACGUCUUGAGUAUGAACUUUCAAGUGCAAAUAUCUACUCAACACUUCAGUAUAAAAUGUUCGAUGGAGGUGAUACAGGAAAGGAUUCGUGGCUCAAGAGUGCAUCCUGCAAGGAGCUGUAUGAUUGCAAUUUUGAGGAAAGUGGAGAAGUUAAACGUAAGGCAGGUGAUUUCACGUACAUUAAUGCAUUUGAUAGAGAAUUCCUCUCAUCGGAUCGUAUUGAUUCACCGAUCACACGCUACGAUGAAGCCAAUAGAUCUCUCUAUGUUAACAAAAAUCACUCUGUCGAUGUUAAUGGGGAUUUCCCGAUUCUUGAGUCAAAAGUCUACUCUUCCAGUUAUCCAGGAAGUACCUACAAUACGGUUGAUCAUGCUAAUAGACGUGGGCAGUACUAUCAGCAUCAAUUUGACUUCCACGGAUCUCAUGAUGAUGUUUCCCAUGAUAGUUAUGAACUUCUUGAGAAGUCCGACGACGAACUCUACGCAAGGAUUAAGCAUGAUCAUUCUGAGCCUCAUUCCCGAUCGUGUUCUCUGGACUCUGGCAACUACAUCCUCACAGAUGAUGAGAGUGUGAGUGAGUCUGCCUUCCUCAAGUAUCGCACUGGGGAUAUGAAGAGUCGUAGUGAGGCUGAUAUAAUGGAUGAUUUAUUCCUCAAUGAGGAUCCACGAGAUUUGCCACGUGAGAAGCUCUGCGUUAAGUCCGAUGGAAGUUUCUACAACAAGAUUAAACAUCAAAUUGGUUCACGUACAUCAAGUCAGGAGUCUCGUAGUGAUUACUACGAGUCCAAAAUUUCAAAGAGUAGUGAUUCAAGUAAAAAAUCCAAGGAUAGCGUCUACCAUACGGAUAGCAAGAAAUCCAGAGAAACCCUAAAGAGCAAACAUUCAGAUCGUUCGGAUUACAAUUCACGCGCAUCGAGUCAGGAGAGCAAGGAAUCCUUUGGGGAGGGUUUGCUGAAAAAUUACGAAAUGCCCACAACGACUGGGAAGAAAAUUAAGAGUUUGGGCAAAUUGGUGGCGAAGCAGUAUGAAAGGAAUUCAAGUCAGGAAUCAAAGAGUGAUUACUACGAUGCCAAAAUGUCACUACCCAGCUUGGAAAGAUCUUCCGUGGAUGGGAGUGAAGAUGUUGAUAGUGAUCGUGGGGGGUACAGCAAGAUCAAGGUGAAGAGUCACGAUAGUCUCUUGACGGAGAUGAAAUCGAGCAAUUUCUAUAAUUCACAGAGCAACUACUCAACAUUCCCAAGCAAUAAGACUCACAAAACAUCACACGUUCAUUCGAUAAGUUUGCAAAAUGUUGAGAUUGAGCGCAAUGCGCGAUCUUUCUCAUAUCGAUCCAAUGAAAAUACUCCCAAUCGUCAUUCGGAGAGUCAAGCCACACAGACACAGAAUCUCUGGUCUAAGGCUGUAGAGGAUGAAAGUGAUGAUUUCGAUAAGGAAGGAAGUUCAUUUGAUAGGGAAUUUAGGCGCAAAUCUGAUAGUGAUAACAUCUUCAGUUUCGACAAAGAUCGAAUUGAAUCACUUACUCAGUCUUCAAUGGAAUCCACAACUGCUGUACCGGAGGUGAAUAAGAAGAGCCCAGACUAUCCGCUAACUCCUGAACUUAUGUCUGAAUUUGAUAAACUCAAAAUUGAUUCACCGCACGUGAUUAAUGUAAAAUCAACAAGGAAGGAGGAAUUAAUGGCUAAAACACAUUUCGAAGAAUAUAAUCCCAAAAUGAUCCUUGACAGUGUCUCUCAUGGAUCAGGAUCAUCAAAUCCACUCAGCUACAUCCACCCAACCGUUGAGAGGACAAAGAGUGAUCCCAAUUCUUUGGCUAAUCGAUCGCGUUUGGGAUCAAAUUCUCGGCGUCAUGUGUUGAUGCAUCAGAAAUCAAUUGAUUUAACUCCAGCCGAUUCAAGUGAUGAGGAAUAUUUCUACAAGCAAAUUCCCAGUGCUCCACCACUCUGUCAGACCCAUAGGAGUCAUUUUGAAAUCCCUAAAAGCUACGAUGUCCCAGUUGCAGCAUCAGAUAUUCCGAAGUCUGGUUUUGAGAUGCCAAGUAGUUUCUUUAAGGAGUACGAAAAGAGGUGCGGUAAAGCAGUCAAGGAGGAUAUUCCGUAUGUUUUGCAUAAGAGGCACAUAAUGAAUGGCACAGCUCCUUCGCCCAAUGAAGGGAAAUUCCCGAAACAUCAAAAACCAAAGAGUCCAAAAUCACCAAAGUCUCCACGAUCACCGAAAUCGCCCAAAACCAUGGAUGGUAAAGAUCUCACGAAGGAGAGGAAACACGAUCUCCUAUCAGCUGAUAUCCUUCCGGAUCUCUUGGACAACAUUGAGACAGAUACGGGAAAAGGAUUUCUUUUUACGCAGAAUAUUGAUCUGUCUAAAGUUGAUCCUGUAACACUUGAGGUUGACAAAACAGCAGCAGUUAUUCAACUAUCAAGCCCAAAAAGGGAUAUAACGAAGAAGUUGGAUCCUAAAAUGCUGGAAGCUCUCAAUAGCAAACUUUCACAGAUUGAGAGUGAUUCUGGGAGUACAGAGAGCUUUGCUCGAGAGGCAAAAGCUCUAAAAAUUGGCGAAGUUAAACUACCCGAAUUAUUCUAUCAAGUUGAACCACCAACACCAACUAAGAAAGAAAUCUCCAUUGCUAAGAGACUACUUAAACCGCGUGUAGCCCCGAAAGCAGGAAAACCCUAUGGCAAGGGGAAAAAUAAGGCUAAGAUUAGAAUAACAUCAUUCAGUUCAGAUGAUGAGAGUUUGGAUUCGGAUGAUGUUUUCGGCUCAACGGAAGCAACACCGACAAAAUUGGAAUUUUCUCCGCCACAGUCGAGAAAGGAGAUUGAACCAAUUUUGAGAAUUGAACAGGACAGACUUAUAAAUGCCUGGGGACGAGGGCAAACUAUGAGUUCAACUGAAAUUGAAGGAUCUCCUCCGCAGCAGCGUCGUCUCGCUGAUUUGGAAAGUCGCUACCAUACUAAUGCAUCAGUUGAUCCACCGUAUACGAAUCAGUCGGAGCUUCGAAGGAUUUCUGAACGUUCAAUUUCAAUUCCAAGUUCCGAGGAAGAAGGAACGAUAACACGCAGAGCUGAAACAACUCAAAUCUACCACAUGACCGAAACUAUUCCCUCGCCAAUCCUGGAAAGUUGUGAAUUCCUCAGAACUGACGAUGAGGUGUAUGAAACUUGCAAGGAAGAUAGGGAAAAUGAUGAUGAUUUGGCGUACACACUGAUUACUAAAAAGGACUUUGCAAAGGCUGAUGCAAAGCAACGGACGAAACUUAUUGAGGAAUUAAUUGAUUCAUCAAUUGUAAUGCGCUCAAAAGGACACGCACCUAUCCUAUUUGCUCAUGCAAGACUUAAUCUAUCUGAGGGCUCUGCAUUUGCAUCCUUGCAGCGUCAAAAAGCCACACAAGAUUCCCCAGAUUCAGGGAGAAGGGCUAAAAGUCUCGACACUCCCGUGAUUUCUCUUCAUCGUCUUCCACCGAUGAAUGCUUUCUCUUCAAAGGACGAUACAGUUGGAUUUGAGGAAGAAGCAGAAAUUCUUGAAGAGAAGUCACUGAGCAGAGAACCAACCAUCCGUGAGGAUGAAGAUCUUGCUGAGAGCGUUCAUUCGUGCGUGGAUUCCCUUCCAAGUGCAAAGAGUCGACCAAAAACGAGUCAAGGAAAUUUUGAUAUCCUUAAGAAAAUUCUAAUUGAUGAAGAAGAACGAGAAUUGUUGAAUAGACUUAGGUACAUCGAGAAAAUUGCCCUGCAGGGUGUAAAAAUAAAAGAAAAACGUAAAUCAAAGUUGAAGCUAAAAAGUGGUGAUCAUCUAAUUUUGGACAUUCCAAAAUAUCGAUUUGAUCCUUUCAGUUCAGGCAAUAGUUCACGAAAAACGUCGCCAGGUGUAAGUAGGGCCAGUAGUGUUGAGAGUACUGGGAAAGCUAAGAAAAAGCCAGAUAGUUUGGCGUUGAAACCAACGGGUACAACACCUAAGAAGGCAGCAACAAAAUCACGAUCAGUUGAGACAUCAAGGACGAGAGUUUCAGGUUUUUUAACAAAUCAAAAAUCUCUGCCAGAUAUUAAAAAAUCCGGAUCAAAGGAGAAACUCUUAGCCCCGCAUGAAGAUGGUGUAAAACGCGCAAGGAGUCAGGAAUCGGUAAAAAGAAAUAAUUCAAAGGAGAAACCUCGAAGAUUGAGCAAGGAUAAGAGUCGUUCACAGGAAGAGAAUGAAAUUGAUAUUGCAAAGCGUAAGGAACGACAACAGAAACUCUAUGAAUCUGCUAUGAAGCAGACAAUUAAUUUGCUGAGUCCUGUUAAGGAUUCUCUACCACCUUUUCCUGCUCCUGAAGAUAAAAUUUCAGUGAAAACUGAAGGAGAUAAAAUUAUAAUUGAAACUGAGAUUAGGAGCAAGGCGGAAGAUCAUGUCUUUAUUGCAAAAUCUCCGAAGAAAUUGGACACGUCUCUUGUGAAAUUCAGCCGAAGUUUUGAUGAUACAUGCAAAACAACUGAAAAACUGGACAAAGCCAAUAGAAGCUUUGAGGAUAGAAAUAAAUCAAUGGAGGAGGCUUCAGAUAAAUCAGAUAUUGGGGAAGAUUUUAUUCUAAAAUCACCCAGGAAGAUUAUGAGAAGUCAGGAGUUGAAGAGACAAAUAGAGGGUUCAGUUGUGCAUAAGAAGUUUGAAGGGAAAUCAAAGAGUUUGGAAAAGCGCUCAGAGCAAAUUCAUCAAUAUCUGGACAUUGAGACGAAAACUCGUAGUUUGGAUAAGAAUUUUGAAUUACACGGCCCAAUGCAGGAUGUUGAUGCUUCAAAGCAAAAGGUUGUUCAAGUUGAUGUUCAUCGUGGAAGCCGUGUUGAUUCUUCAGAUAGCGAUCGUAAGAGAAAGUCUACAGAUAGCAGUGAGAGUAAAUCAACUACAACGACUAGCAGUACGUCCAAAUCUUGGACUUCGCUCGAUGAUAGUCGAAUUUCACGCGGGAAACAAGAUAGAAAUGGCGAAAGAAGAUCUCUUUCGCAAACUGACCAACUUGCUGAAGAAGUUGAUAUGCAGGCAAUUAUUUCUGAACGCAGAAAUUUAGAUUUACUCAAGAGACAAUCACUUCCAUCGGAAGAUGCCAAAGACAGCGAAGAUAAAUCCCCUGGGCCACUAUCAAAGGGAAAUAGUGAAGAAUCAUUAACUUCUGUGAGUGAUUUGAAGCCUCCAAUUGAUGUGAGAAGUAAUCUCCCGCACAGAGUUCCAACAAUCGAAUGCGAAGAACCGUCUAUUGAGGAAGAUGCUGAAGAUGAGAAAACACUUAAACCCGAAAAAGAGAGCACACUGCUGAAAUUGAGUCUUGAACGGAGUCGAAGUGAUGAGACUGCAUCGUGGAAAACCAUUGAAUGUGAAGAGUAUGUUGGUAGUAUUGGGACUGAUGCAUCAGAUGCAUCAAAAGCAUCAACACUAAAAGGAGAUCCAUCACUUCACAUGCAGAAUACCCUUGAAGAUGCAAAGGAUUCAAAUUUUCUCGAACCUGACGAUUUCGAUAUGAACAUUAUUGUAACUCCUCCUGAUUCGAGUCCUCUCGUGGAGAAAAUGCCCCUUCCUGGAACCCCCAUGGAUGAAAAAAAAUCCGAACUAUCCCGCAAGCGUAGUGAUAUGCUACGAAUAACAGUUGAGAGGUCAAGGAGUUCAGAUACAGGAUCUUCAUGGACGAGCGGUGAGAAGGAUACGAGUCCUGUGCGUGGGAAAGGAAGUGAUAAGGGAUCAAUGGAUGAGGAAUCCAGUGUUAGCUGUUCAAUUUCGCGCCCUUUGGGCAUUUCUCUGGACAAUUUUGAACCUGUCGAUCAGCAACGGUGUAAGGAGCUUCGCGAUGCAAUGCUGAAGAAAGAAGCGGAUUCCCAACAGAAACAGGAAACAAUUCGUACACCCACGCGGGAAAGAAAAGCCUCAACACCUACGCUUGAGAAGCAGAGCCCAAUUGAUCUUGAAUCAGGCUCUGAACUCGAUCAAGAUCCAAUUGAGAUGAAAAUUGAUCAAAUCUUAGCGAGGGAUGAUAGCUUGGAAUCUAGUUCAGGGACAUCACUCUCAAUGGGAAAUAGCAAAAUUAAAAUUAUAAAAACAUCUGCAGACAAUGUUCAUAAGAAGCUGUGUCGUAUGUCUGGGGAUGGUAGUAGGUCCCCAGAUCGAAGUGUUGCAGCUGAUACAAAAAAGUUAGUUGCCACACGGCUCUCCAGCAGUAAUGGAAAAAGUUCUCUCGAUAGUAAAUCGAGCUUAGAAUCCAAAGGAUCAAUAAGUGUGGAUUCGAAAGGAUCAUUUGAAACUGAAAGUAGUUCAGGAUCUCUUGGGGCGGCUCAGAGGAGGGGAGAGCUAAUACAAAAAGAGCAACAAUCUACGUGGAAAGCUUUCCCAAUUGAGAGUUCAGGAAGUUCAAGUAUUGAGGAAAAUUGGGCACCGCCGGACCAGGAGAGCUAUGAAAAGUACGAUGUGACUGUACAGCGAGGUGUUGAUGAUUUUUCAUCAUUCAAACCAGCUCUUGAGAAGAAGGAAUCCUCCCCAGAUGAAAUGAAAGAGAGUGAUUCAAGUGCUCAAGAUGAUUUGAGUGAUUUUACGACAAACUUUGGGUAUCCCGCAAUGACGAGUGGACUGGGAUUGAGUAUAAAUCCAACAGAUAUUUUGGGAUAUGGAACAUCAUUUGCCCUUGGAAGGACCCUCUCGAGGAUUUCGGAGAGGAGUACAAAUUCCGAGAAAUCCAGCAUGGAGGAUGAUCUCAGCAAAGGAUCCACCCACUCUGGAAGUAUUAGGGAUGAAUCUGUUGUAUCUACAGACCAUCAGACGAGUUUUAGUUCUGAUCCACCUAGCAAUACUAAUUUGGCCUACAUCUCCGAUGCUGAUCGACGAACAAGUGCAGAAAUGCCUGAUAUUCCUUGCGAUUCAGCAACUGUGGAUCGUCUAUCGGAUUUGUAUGCUGGCGGUGGAGGUGGAAGCUCCUCGUCGAGUGGAAAGCAAACUGGGAGAUUUUCAGUAAGUCACAUAGAUGAUGGUGUUGAGAGAUUUAAAAGGGAACAUCGACCAACAAUGAUUGAUUUCUCAAAUGCUGGUGGUAGUCAAGAUUCAGAAGAUUGGCCUCUACCGGAGAUUCCCUAUGAUCAUGUGCCCGUUGCAAAGGUUCCCCUUGCAACGGAUACCAGGCCCAUUCCUAAAACAUUCGGCUGGCGACAUAGCAUGUCUAUGCAGUCUCAAGAUUCAGAGAAUUGGCCAUCUCCACCAGAUAGUGGUGAACUCGAUACGCCCAUUGUAGAAAGUGUGGAAACUUUCUAUUUGAGCGAACCACAGAGCGCCACCCAAGUGAUGGUUGAUUCUUUCACUGAUCACACACCAGAUGAUCACGAUGAUAGUGAGAAUAGAACUCUCAAUGAAGAUGAUCAACUGUCAAAGGAUCUACAGAGAUCUCCAACAAUUUCGGUUGUUCUUCCCUACGAGGAAACUGCUUACAUGUCAUCACAAACAGAGUACUCAAGUGAUCCUGUGACUUGCCUCUCGAGUACUUUUGGUUCGGCUUCUUGUCUCAGAAGUACAAUUGAUGUUUGCAGCGCUAGAAAUACUUUUACAUCCUCCAAGGAUAUUCAUCCAAGUGAUAAGGUUAUUAUAUCACAACCAACUAGAACACCACAGAAUCAGAGUCCUAGUUCACUUGAUGAUGAUUUCGGGUUGGCAGAUGAUGUCUUCGGUCCUGGAACUGUUAAGAUUGAAAUUUCUCCAGAUGACACACACUUGUCGGAUAUUCUUACAGAUAAAUUAUCCCGAGGAUCAAAUAAUUCUGACACUUCUCUCGAUGAUAUCCUUUCGGGAUCUACUUUUGUAGAUGAAACUGUGAGAAGGAAUCUAGAGCCAAGGCUGAGUAGUGGUUCGUGUAAGAAAUGCAGCCAUAGUAGUCAUUCAGAGGAAGAGACGAGUUCCUUAGGGACUGAUCUCGAUGGAACAGUCAAAAUGGGCCUGCAGCAGAAGAAAUGUACACAUAGUUCUCAUUCAGAGGAUACCUCUAUCGGUCUGAGCAUUUCAGAGUGGUCAACGGGAACAAAUACUGUGCGUCAGUAUGCUAAUUUAUCAGGAAGCGAUAGUUUGUCUGCAGUUUCGAAUCAUUCUACUGGAGCCAAGAGUGAGAAAUCCAAUCACACAAAAUCAAGCGUUAGUUCGAUUAAUAAAUCAACGGAGAGUCUCAAUGAAAAGAGCGGAAGUCUCUCUGGGAGUAAGAAUAAAUUUUCCUGUGAAAAUGCUUCAACAGAAGGAGCAAAGUAUGAGGUAUUUUCAAAUUCAGAAAUAUCCUCCACGACCACAAAAAGCGAUGAUACUACACUAACUCUAACUGAAAUGGCUCAAUCGAUUACAGAAUGGUCUACGAGCAGUAGUAAGACCCUUGUAGCUCAAGUUGACUAUCCGGAUUAUGGAGGAGAAUACAAGGUUGAUAAGAAAACUCUCUCAAUUGAGUACAUGCCCCUUAAACCGCCAAAGGUGGUGAAGAAACAAUCACCGCCCAAUGAAGAGAAAGAAGCAAAGAAAGUCAAAAAGACUUCAUCAAAUGAGAGUCCUCCUGAGGAUCGCCCUCAAAGGGUUAGCUAUCCACCCCCGAGAAUUGUUGAUAUGGAAGCAAAACCCCAAUUCCGUAAGCAAGUCGCAGAAUCUUCUGUGGCAUCCAAGAGAAAAUCUCUCGAAUUAAUGUCUCAGCGAUAUCAGAGUCAGGAUAUUGCGUCUGAAAGUGAAAAUCUCCCUCGUACCCUUGCACCGGUUGAUGAACAACCCGAAGGUGGAGGUGGGAUUAGGUCUCUCCUGACGCGUGAACCAAGUCCUUUUGACAAACCACUAAUAAAGCAUCACAGCUAUGAUGAUAAAACCCUCUCAAAGAGCCAAAUUCGCGAAUAUAAAUCAUCGAAGGUGAAGCAGAGUCGAUCAUUUCAUGAGCAUAUGAUUUCACCAGGUGAAUUCCAAAAGAUUGAUGAAGAGAAACUCAGUUCAUCGACAACAACGCACAACAGUGAGACAACGAGUACGGAUAAUUCUUCACCUAUGCCAUCACGUGCUGGGAAAUUAAUUCAGUGCGUACCGCACUAUUCAAGUAGUUUGAGUUCAGACUCACCACCAAUACAGCAAUUGCAGAAGCCACCGAGGAAAUCGUCCAUUCCGCGAAAUGCUACGCCAAAGAGCCCAUCAAGUGGCAAUGAUACAGACAGUUCAGUGGAUUUUCGUCAGCAGCAGGACCCGAAAUUACGUACACGUGGCUAUCGAAAGAGGAAGCAAGUGCCAGCUAAGAGAACUCGCUUGGAUCGGGUGCCACUUGAGCAGCAGGAGAGUUCUGAGUGUUCAGAAGGAUGUUUUCAGGAAGUUGAUUCGGGAAGUUCGGAUAUGUCACGAAGGGAGUACUGUGAGCAUGAGUAUAUUCAGUAUGUCGAAGAAGAACCCGAACAGGGAUUGCCUGAGGAGGAAGAAGAGGAAGAUGUUAGGUACGAAUCCUAUCCUGGACCAUCUUUUUCAGCGCGCUUUGAGAGUCUCGAUAUGACUGAGGGGAAUGUGGAUGAAAUGGGUUUUCCGAAGUAUGAUCGUUUGGGGCACAUUACGAAGCCAAUGUAUCGUCAACAGGAGACCCCAUCGCCAUCAUCAAUGCCCCCAAUUAAGCCACAACGACAGAGGAAGCGUGGACUAAAGCGUGAAGAUUCCACAGCUGUUGCUUCAACAUCAGCUGAAUCAUUAACAAAUCGUCGUCGACCGGACUACAUAACAGAGGGUAGUCAAGAGAUGUCCUUCCCUGAGGAUAUUUUCUAUUCCAGCGAAUAUGGUGGAAUAGAAUAUGCUGGAUUUUCUACCCAAAUACACGUGCAACGAAAAGUUGAACUGCCAUACCCGGACUUUUUGUCCGAUCAGGAAGAAAUUCUCGAUUAUCCGCACAUUCAGUUGCCCACAAAUCAAUCUGGAGAGUCUGAAAAGAGUUUCGAUGAAUCGGAAUUUGAUAUUAGGACCGUUCCUCCGCCAAUGUUUCUUGGUGAAUCCGAGGAGUUGAGUGACAAUUAAGAGUUAAAGAAAAAAAGAAAAAUCCCACCAUUCUCAUGUUGACCAGCUUGCCCGCGUAUAAAUCUCCUGAAUACACGAACCCAAGACUGAUUGCACCAUAACUUCCAUGUACGUUUUUUGCUAAAUUAUUCCCUCAUUUUCCCCCACAUGAGUCCACUUUAUUUACUCAUACUACACGUAAAAUAGCACUUUAUUUCAUCCAUUUAAACCUAUUCAUCAACAUUUUGUACGUAAUGUGUGGGACACUGAGAAAUAUAUGGGUGGAAGGAUUAGAAGAAAUUUAAGGGGUGCUCCUUUAUGUUGAUGAAUGACCCAUUCGAUGUGGAAGCAAUGAUAAGUCGAGAAAAAAAAGGAAUUAAAUGUGUUUUUUCGCAUUGAACACUGUGGCAUAAAGAGACUGAGAGCUUGAGGCAAAAAUAUAUACAUUGUGUGGCCAAACCAUGAAGACAAAAAUAAAGCUUAAAAGCGAUAUAAUUUAGAAAUUUUCAUGUAGUCUUUAUGAGAGAAAUCGUGGAAGGAAGAAAAGGGUAAUGUUGAUGUAUUCAAUAAGCCAAAAUUUUUAUCAGUAUUAUCAUUAUAUAUACAUAUUUGAAGCACCAUUUAAAAUGCCAAAAUAUUCAUAAUUAAACCUUGUUAUCUAUUCACGAAAUAUUAUUAAAGAGUUUUCACCAAAAAACGGAUAUUUGGCUUUACAAAAAAUUCAUAUUUUUAGCAUAAAUUGCUUUCGGGUCUUCUGGAAAAUUCUUUUCAUUCAUAUCCAGUACCAAUGAUCGCUCUAAAUGGUUUAUUAUUUUAACAAAAAAAUAAUAAUUAAGAGCUCAAUACCGAUUUGUGAAAGUUAUGGUUUCACAAAAAUCGCCAAUAAUGUGUUCAAUAGAGAAUUCUAAAUAAAUAAAAAACGUUAAAAGGAGUUUAUUCAUUAAAGGGGAUAAGAAAUUGCCAAAGGAUCUUUUUUCAUUGAAAUCAGUUGAACUCAUCAAUGAACUCCAGAAAAAUUCUGCCAAAGUGCAAUCAAUGUCGUCAUAAUUUCCUUGCUUGUGCCUCGUUCAAUGCAUGAUGCAUAUGCUUCAAGCAUUGAAAGAGUUAUAAAACACAAUAGUGACGUCAUUAUUUGCAUUUUAGAGUAAAAUAUUUACUAAAUUUUUAAUAACUAGAAUUCUAUCCAUGAAGCCAGAAAGCAGUUUAUCAUUUUAAUUAUUUCAAACAAUAAAAAUAAUUAUUUUAAAUUUAAUUGUUAUGCUCGUAAAACAAAUAUUUUCCCAAUUGCUACAAUCAAUCAGCAAUUCGAAAUAAUACCUAAUUUUAUUAAAUAUAACGAGAUUUAUAUUAAUUAAUUGUGGGUUGAAUAAAUGUGAGUGUUUGAAUUCAAAGGAUUUAUCAUAAAGAACUUCAAGAAUGUUUUACCAUUUUUCCAAAUUUUUUUACCAUUUUGUUAGGAUUAUACAAGAAGAAAAAAAAAGAAUUAUACAAUAUAUUAUAAACUCAUAUUAAAGGAAAAAAAUUUAAAUCGAAAUGUAGUUUGAAAACGCUCAUAAAAAUUAUUCUAUGAACUGGAUAUAAAAAAAUAGUUGGUAGAAUUAACAAUGAAAUAUGGUAAAAAAAACGACAAGAUGUUUAGAAAAGUUAUUAUGCAAAAAUAUAUUUAAAGAAAAAGAAAUAUUUAUUAUUAUAAUAGCUAAAAUAUUUAGUGAAAUAAGUGUUAAAGCACUUCUUCCAUUGAAUGUGUCAAAGUCUUUUUCUUAAUUUCAAUUGGCCUACAUUUAGUGAAAUAUUUUUAUUGUAACAAUAACGAAGAAAGAGUAAAGAUUCAAAAUUUUUAAUUUUUUAUUAUAAAGAAAAAAUAAAAUUUAGUUUAAACGUUAAAAUAUUUGGAAUCAAAAUCACGAAUAAGAAUUUUCUGCUUUUUAAGGAAUAAAAAAACACAUUCUAGAUGAAUUUAUUGAGAAAAUAUUGUUUAAAAAAAAAGAAAAAUAGUAAUAUUAAAUCGUAAAAAAAAUAAUCGGAAAAUAGUGCCAAUUAGAAGAAAAUUUUACCUGUAACCACAAUCAAUCAGAGCCAAAAAUUAAAGGAAACUUGCGUUGAAAAGGAAAAUCGUUAGAAAAUGCGUGUAAGUGUGCGAAAUAAAACUAAAUUGUUAUUAAAAAUGAAAAAGAAAAUUAAAUAAAAGAAUUAUAAAUUCUUAGUACAAAAUUGUUUGGAGGCAAAAAAAGCAAAACGUUGAUGGCAGAAUCAAAGAUUCUCUUUUGUUAAUCUCUAUCGUCUUCACACCUUUAAUUAUCUACCUUUAUAUAUAUUUCUCGGAAGAGAAGCAAAAAAAAAUAUGGAAAGAGAUUUUAUUGAAAAGAAUGAAGUAUUAAUCAGAUGCGAUCACAUAAAGUCAUUAACUAUUUAUUAUUAUUAUUAUAUAGGAAUUAUCACGUGUUAAUUGGGUAAUUGUAGGAAAUUAUAAAGAAGAAGGUGAAUAGCGGAUGGAUAAAGGGAAAAAGAAGAAUAUUUAAAAAUCUAACUUAUACCAUCUUCCACAUAAUAAAAUCGUAAAGAAAACGCAAAAUGA